CCACGUGGUCCAAGAGAGGCUCCGUCUGGAAAAUCUCGUGGAAUAACACUUACCUUAAACGCUAAUAUUGUCAUCACUUUUCCAUUCAUAUUUGACGCCUUUUUUUAUUUUUGUAUACUUUUUUUUACUCUGACGGCCUAUCGCGGCUGCACAGAGGAAGGUUGGCUCUCCUGACCGCCGUAUUUAACCCCACAGCCUCACAGUAUGGAGAAGUGCUGGAUGUUUACGGACUGUGUCUCCGAACAGGACGCUUCAAAACCGAAACUGCUUUACUCCCAUAGUAGCUAGCGUCUGCUUUUUUACCUUUAUUUAACCGGCUUUUAACGUUUUAAAUUAUUCUCGGUACUACAAAAUCAAGUAAGCGUGUCUAUCAUCCAUAUCUAUCUAUUCAUACUAACCAUUAAUAAGCAGUGGGUUAUCUUCUCCUGCUUCUACAUCUAAAGUUAGUCGGAUACAAGCACACAAAGUUAGUCGGAUACAAGUAAAAUGCCUGAAACCAGUUUUUAAGUUUUUUCUCUGUGAAGUUUUACAACGUUUUGGUCCAAAAAUGAAGGCAUCCCAGGCUCCCGGCAUACGUCUUAUCACGUCUUUUUCUCGAGAUAGUUGGUAUCGAAGUUUUAUUCUUUUCCUCACCUUCCUCUUCUACACUGCCUACCAUCUCUCACGGAAACCUAUCAGCAUUGUAAAGAGUGAACUGCACAAAAACUGCUCCACUGUUAUUCGGCCACCAGAUCUUAACAUAACCAAUAAUGCCACCUGGUGUGACUGGGCACCCUUUGACCAGGACAACUAUCAAACCCUAUUUGGGGUCUUGGAUAACUCCUUCCUGGUUGCCUAUGCCAUCGGCAUGUUUUUCAGUGGGAUAUUUGGAGAGCGCCUGCCUUUGCGGUACUACCUGAGUUUUGGGAUGCUGAUGAGUGGAUUGUUCACAUGUCUGUUUGGCCUUGGUUUCUACUGGAACAUUCAUUCUUUGUGGUACUACGCCGUCAUCCAGGUCAUGAACGGACUGAUGCAGACCACCGGAUGGCCAGCAGUGGUGGCUUGUGUCGGCAACUGGUUCGGAAAGGGGAAGCGAGGGUUCAUCAUGGGUGUGUGGAACUCUCACACUUCAGUAGGAAACAUCUUGGGUUCCCUCAUCGCAGGUGUCUUCGUCUCCUCAGCAUGGGGGAUGUCUUUCAUCGUGCCAGGCCUCAUCAUCGCCUGCACUGGGAUCUUGUGCUUCUUCUUCCUGGUUGAGAAACCUGAAGACGUCAACUGCACUCCUCCUCAGCACCACGGUGAUCAGGAGAGCACUGAGACAGAGCCUCUCUUGCAGAACUCGUCUCACGCCGUCAACGGUUCCAUCACCACCGAGCCUCAGGAGAUUGUCGAGGAGCACGCUGAGGCUAUAAGCUUCUGCGGGGCUCUCAGUAUACCUGGAGUGGUGGAGUUCUCGCUCUGUCUGCUGUUCGCCAAGCUGGUCAGCUAUACUUUCCUGUAUUGGCUUCCUCUCUACAUCUCAAACGUUGCACAUUUUGAUGCAAAGGAAGCCGGAGACAUGUCGACGCUAUUUGAUGUAGGAGGAAUCGUGGGAGGCAUCAUGGCAGGCGUCGUGUCAGACUAUACUGGUGGGAGAGCAACGACUUGCGGUAUCAUGUUACUUCUUGCUGCCCCUAUGCUUUUCCUCUAUAAUUACAUCGGGCAAAGGAGCCUUGGCACUACAAUUGCUAUGCUGCUGGUAUGUGGAGGCCUGGUGAACGGACCAUACGCCCUGAUCACUACUGCUGUAUCUGCUGACCUGGGAACACAUGAGAGUCUGAGAGGAAACUCAAGGGCAUUGUCAACAGUGACGGCAAUUAUUGACGGGACCGGCUCAAUAGGCGCUGCGUUGGGUCCUCUGCUUGCCGGUGUGAUCUCUCCCACUGGCUGGAACAACGUCUUCUACAUGCUCAUCUCUGCCGACAUCUUGGCCUGCACGUUUUUGUCCAGGCUCGUUUUCAAGGAGGCUCAGGGCUGGUGUGGACGUCAACCUCGUGCCAGAGGGUUCAAAGAAUUCUGAAAUACACCACUUAAAAACUGGGAACCACACAUCAAAGAGGGAAACAAUGACAACUGACCUCACCUUACCGUGGACAGCGUCUUUCCAUCAUGGUCGAAUGGAUCAGGGAAGAUUCAAGGCACUAAACUGACGAUUCAAGCCUUCUUCUUAUUGUAAAACAGAGACAAUUAUAUCUUUAUUAAGACAACGCUUUUUUUAUGACUAAUCUACUCAUUCUGACUUGUUUGUUGUAUUAUUCUUUUAUCAUUAAAGUGUACAUACUAUCCAUUUUC